UGAAAAUUCAACCGCCGUGUCAAUACAACAGCAAUAAUAGCUAACAUCGUUUCAAGUUAACUUUGUCUGUGUUCUCGUAUAUGCUGAUCUACACAUAGCGAAUUUUUGAAUGGGAAUGACCGCAAUUGCGACGAGGUGCAUCGUCACCAUCUUUUUGGCUUUUGUCGUUUGCUGCAAUUGCCAAUCAGAUGGCAGCCCCAGCGUUUGUUCUUGGACAAAACUACAAAUCUCCCCGGAUCCGCUCAGUUCGAUGGAGUACGGCAACUUUUUCAUCGAAAUUUACGAACACACAAACAACAAAAAAUCGGAGACUGCUGCCAGCGAGAAAAAAUUUUUCUAUUCACCCAUUGGGCUGUUGGACAACCAAAGUGCAGUGAGUACUUACAACAGGAUUACGAAACAGCCAGAGAUGAGAUUCCGCAUUGAAGUCUGGAACGACAAAGUCCAAAAACAAGUGGUGAAACAUUUGAGUGAAAUCGUCGGCCAUGAAAUCAAAUCCAAUAAAGUGAGAGUCGUUCCUUUCAAAAAGUUCAUUCUCAAAAGCGAAAGACCCACAGUGGAUUAUUCGCUGCCGGAGUGGACGAAGUAUGAAAAGAGCAAAACCCUUUGGAUUUAUUUGUCUUGUUAUGACCAGAAAUUCUGCGACGAAAUGGCCAAUGAAAUGCGAUCCGUUCCCGAGCACUUUUACCAUUUCAAACUCUUCUACAGUUUGUCAUCGGAGGCGUCGCACAUCAAGCAGGCGACCAUCAAUAUCGACAGUGUUACUUCUGGCCAAAUGGUCACCAGAUUUUUACAGAAAUUUGGGGACCAAAACGAAGUUUUUCUCUCAGCCAAUGACGAGAGAAAAAUGCUGACGGAAAUGGCCAGCAAAAUUCAAAUGGACACAUUUGAUGACUCCGAAGUCGGCUCUCCAGACGCGGAGAAUAUAAUCUAUUCUUUUUUAAAGGAUUUGUUGGUCAUGUCCAGGACGACAAUUAAAGAACAAAGUGACGAAAUGUGGGACUCUGUUUUCUGGAAUGAAGACAAUUACCGGCCUGACAGGACAACGAGAGUUUUGAACGAAAUCGUCAAUAAACUGAGCACGGAAACUCGGAAGAAACUGGCGGACAUGUUUCAAAAAGUGGUGAAGCAAACAGAAAAAUCAACUUCAAGUAAUAAAGGCGUCGAAAAAAGACGAGAGGUGCAAUUCAACCUUAAUCAAAUGGAGAAAUGGGAACUCGUCAAAAAUCAGUCGGAUGAGCUAAACAGAACUUUUGAGAAUAAAGAAAAAUUUCAUCACAAUUACGACUCAAACAGUUGGACUGAUGUGGACAUAAUCAGUUUGACCAUUUCAAGAGAAAUGGCAAACGAUUCCGACAGUUCCGGACGGGUUGAAAUUUCGAAAGAAGAUGUGAAAAAGUUAUUGCAAGAAAGUAAAAACCACGUCCAAUGGGACGGAGAAAAACUUGUGCCCAAACCAAUGCAACUGAGCAAAAUCAAUUUUGGCAAAUUUAAUGAUUCCCAAUCCUUUCAGGAUCACAGCCUCCGUGUCCGUUACACGAACGCUGAACUUUCGGCAUCAAUCAAAUUUGUAGAACAUGCCGAAUUGACUGUCACUGACGAAUGGAAUAAUCUGAAGGACGAACUCAAAGACACUGUGAUGACGUUGAUGAAAACGAAUACCGAAUUUAGUUAUUUGAAGACUGAUUUAAUAGAUUUAACAAAUAAAUCAGAAGCGUGUAAGCAGGAGUUGAUGAAAACCAAAACCGAGUUGGAGAACAAUUUCAGCAAAAACGUCCAUGAUUUAUCAACAAAACUCAAUUCAACUGGAAAAGAAUUGACAGAAAUCAAAACCAGUGCCGGAAGAUUGUCAACUGAACUCAAAGUAUACGUGCAACGAUUUAGUCACGAACUAAAAGAAGCCGAAGAAAAUCUGAGAAAAGACCUGAGUGCAACUUCGGAUCUUUUGGAAACGACAACAACAAACUUGACCUCAACGAGAAUGGAAUUGGGAAACACGAAAUCCGCCGUCGAUAAUCUGAGAACUAAGUUAAAUGGUGAAAUAAAAUUAAAAUUAAUUUUUAUACUACAACGAACGAGUGAAAUAGUCGACAUUGGUAAAAUGCCAAGCUCAUGUUCAGACCUGCAGCGAAUGGGGCAUAAAUUAAGCGGAUUCUUUUCUGUUAAAGGGUCGAAGAAGAAGAUGGAAAUGGUUUACUGUGACUUUUAUCCUAAUCGAAACGACAAUCAAAAAACGAUCGGAUACGCCGAUAUUAAAUCAGCGCCCGUCUAUUUCCACGUCCAGAGAAAUACGACAAGCCGCACAAUUAACAGUCCAAUUCCGUUCGAAUUCGCGCGGGUAAACGAGGGAAAUACCAUGAACAUAACAUCAGGGAAAUUCACGGCCCCACGAGCGGGAAUUUACUUCUUCUCAAUCACGGGGAUUUGGUAUAACACAGGUUUACGAUUUUAUUUGAACGGGAAUCCUAUCGGGAGAAGCUGGGGCUACGGUGGUAAUCUGUCGUUGAACUUCCAGGCCAUGUUGAACUUGAAAAAAGACGAUCAAAUCUGGGUGCAGAUUGAGGGAAACUAUUUGCACGAUGACAGUAACCACUACACUCAUUUCACUGGCUUAAUGUUAGAGGAGGAAAUUGCCUUGGAAAUUGCAGACUUCACGAUUUUGUAAUCCUCCAACAUGCGCAAAAAGAUCUUCGACUAACAACUGACCCGCAAAUGAAUUUUUUUCUGCGGUAAUUAAAAGGGAUGGAAGAAAAUUCAUUGGAUACUAAUCCAUUAAGGCGAAGGAAUUUCUUUACACAAAUUUUACUGUUUAUGCAAAAUUUUGAAUAAAACAAUCAAUUGAAAAA